CGUCUCCACCUCCUUCCACACACUGAAUUUUUUCUGCCUUUUCUCGUCUCUGAGCUGCGCCUCCUCUCCGUCUCUCCUUCCACCACUUAUUUCACACCUUUGCUCGCUGCGAGCCUGCACGCGCCGUGAACAGACCGUUUUCUUCCGCUCCCCUCCUUUGAUUCUCUGCUGCACCAGUGUAUCUUUCUUUUUUCCUUUUCUUUUAUUUUUGUAUUUGCUUCCUCCUUUUUAUUCCCCAUUUUUCCUCUCGCCGGGGAAAAACAGUUUUCUUUCCCCGAGCUUUGGGUUGAUCAUGACCACUGCGAAGGAAGGCAAUGCACCGUCGAAAGCGGCUCAACAGCAAGACCAGGAGCUGGUGGGCAGCAACCCUCCGCAGAGGAACUGGAAGGGAAUAGCGAUCGCCCUUCUUGUCAUUCUGGUCAUCUGCUCGCUGAUCGUCACCUCCGUCAUCCUGUUGACACCAGGUGAAGAUGACCGUCUGGCUCUGAAGGGAAAGGUGACAGUUGGAGACCUCUUCAGAAAAGACUUAAAAGUCCAUGAUCCAAAUGCCAAAUGGAUAAGCAGCAAUGAGCUAUUAUACCGUAACCGGGAUGGGGAUGUCAUCAAGUUCAACAUUGACACAGAUGAACAAACCAUCUUGGUGCAUAACAAGAAAUUUGAAAUGUACAAAGCCAGCAAGUAUGAGGUGUCCCCUGACAUGAAGCAUGUGCUGUUGGCCUACAACGUUGCACCGGUUUAUGAGCAUUCCUACACAGCCUUCUACAUCAUCUGUAGUCUGGAGACUCCGGAGACGUGGAACCUGAACCCUCCUGAGGUGCGAAAUGCUCAGUUACAAUACGCAGGCUGGGGCCCCCAAGAUCAGCAGCUGAUCUUCAUUUUUGAGAACAACAUCUACUAUCGAUCAAAAGUGGAAAGCCGCUCGAUUCGUCUGGUAUCUACCGGCAAGGAAGGCUCCAUCUUCAAUGGUCUCAGUGACUGGCUAUAUGAAGAGGAGAUUUUCCACUCCCACAUUGCCCAUUGGUGGUCUCCUGAUGGCGCCAGGUUAGCGUAUGCCACCAUCAACGACACUUUGGUGCCCAAGAUGGAGCUGCCAAUGUUUACAGGCUCACCCUACCCAAUGGGAAAAGAGUAUCAUUAUCCAAAGGCUGGUGAGGAAAACCCUGUUAUCACUCUUUAUGUUGUGAACCUAAACGGUCCUCUGCAUACCAUCGAGAUGAGGAGACCUGAUGAUCCCCGGAUUGGUGAAUACUAUGUGACCAUGGUGAAGUGGGCCACCACUACCAAACUGGCCAUUAACUGGCUGAAUAGAGCUCAGAACAUCUCUAUACUCACACUGUGUGAAGCCACGACAGGAGUCUGCACUAAGAAACAUGAGGAUGAAAGUGAAGGCUGGCUUCACAGGCAGAAUGAGGAGCCUUUGUUUUCCAAAGAUGGUCUCAAGCUCUUCUUCACUCGAGCUAUUCCCCAAGGAGGCCGGGGCAAGUUCUUUCACAUCUCUAUGUCCAUCUCACAGCCAAACACCAGUACAGACACACUGCAGUCCAUCACAUCUGGAGACUGGGAUGUCACUCAAGUUCUGGCCUACGAUGAGGACAACCAACUGAUAUAUUUCUUGAGCACUGAGGACGGCCCAAAGCGAAGACAUCUCUACAGUGCCGACACUUUUGGAUCUUUCAACCGUCGCUGUCUGACAUGUGCUUUGUCCGACAGCUGUGGCUACAUCAGCGGCUCUUUCAGCCACAACAUGAGCUACUUCCUGCUCAACUGCCAAGGGCCAGACAUCCCAUUCGUUGCUGUUUACAAGACGCAGAGAGAUGCAGAGAGCGAGACUCAAGAUAGAGAGAGUAUUUCGGGAGUAUUUAAACUGGAAAGCAAUGCAAACCUGAGGCUGACACUGGACUCCAUGCAGAUGCCCACAGUGGAAUACAAGGAGAUCAACAUGGAUGACUACAGCUUAUCGAUGCAGAUCCUGAAACCUGCCGGCUUCAUGGACACAUCACACUACCCGCUGCUCCUGCUCAUCGACGGGACACCUGGUGGCCAGACAGUGUCGGAGCAGUUUCACAUGGACUGGGCCACUGUGCUGGUGAGCAGCUUCGGCGCCAUCGUGGUGCGCUGUGACGGACGAGGCAGCGGCUUCCAAGGCACCAACCUGCUGCACAGGAUCCAGAAAAAGCUGGGCAUGUUCGAAGAGCAGGAUCAGAAAGAAGCCCUGAAUUUCAUUCUUAAAGAGCCAUUUGUGGAUAAAACCAGAGUUGGAGCUUUUGGAAAGGUGUAUGGAGGCUACGUGACCAGCCUGUUGGUCAGCAGUGAGGAGUCUCCUGUAAAAUGCGGAGCUGUCCUCUCACCCAUCACUGACUUUGAAUUAUAUGCCUCUGCUUUUUCUGAGAGAUAUCUAGGACUGCCUAAACCUGACCCAAGAGCAUACGCAAUGGCAAAUUUAGCACACAGAGCAUCUCAGUUUACGGAUAAGAAAUUCCUCAUUGUCCAUCCAACAGCUGAUGAAAAAGUCCAUUUUCAGCAUACAGCAAAAUUCAUCUCCCAGCUUAUUAGUGAAAAAGCCAACUACACCUUACAGAUCUACCCAGAUGAAGGCCACUUCAUUCACAGUGAAGCCACAAGGCAGCACCUCAGCCAGUCUCUGGUGAACUUCUUCGAGGAGUGCUUCAGACUACCGGAAAGAGUGUUUGAGGAAGCUCUGGAAGAGGAGCUUGAAGAUGAGGGUUAGAUUGGCCUCAUGGGGUCCUAUGCCCUACAUCUUUCCUGCCCGUGUGGUCAUCGACCUACCUUGCAUCAUGUACCUGUGCCCUUGCACUACACAGCUGUCAAUACCAUUAAACUGUCAUGUUCGAUGUGUUUCAGUUUAAUUCGCUGCGUCUGUGACUGCCUCUGUGGCAGACAGUGGGGCUUACCACCUCAUCCAUCAUACCUCCCUCAUGUUUUUGCCCAGAGUUGGAUUCCAAAAGGCCCUCCAAAGAGCCAAAAGUGACAAAUGACCUGAGAUGCAUUUUGGAAUAUCCUAACAGGAAGCAGUCUCCUUCACAGCAGGAUGAACCUACUUCUCAAAAGCAGUGGAGAGAAAGCAUCCGUUCUCAAACAGACUUCCAAGCUGUGAGGAGGAACACCCUAUAGCACAAAACUUGUGGGCUUGUAAAUUAAUGAAAAGACACCUGAAGAAAACACUUGACUGGCAGUGUUCAUAACGGGUGUCUGGAAUAGUGCGGAUACGGGAAAUGUUACUAUUUUUAAAGUUGUGAUGAACUUUUCAUGUUGGACUGUGGUUGUGUCUGUUGUUCUUACAGUAUGUAAAAUAGCACACAAACAUUUACUCAGCUAUUACGGUUGUAUGUUCUUUAGGUGUUCAUAUUUGCACUGGUAUUGUUUUUAUCUCAUAGUGUCUUUUUGGUUUUCAGUGAUGCUGAAAGAAUCCUCUGGUUAAAUGUUUUGAAGAAAAAAAAGUAAUAUAUUUCUUAUUGUUCACUUGAGACUAUUUCAUUGUUUGGUUCUGGUUUUAUCCAAUACCAUCCAAAAAGAAAACAAACAAGCAUUUUCUUGUUUCAUCUCUGUGCCUUACUUUGUCAGAAAACAUCCAGCAACUGGGCUGCAUUUAUUGACUACAAAAAAGCUGACUUUUACAAAACAAACCAAGAAAAAUUGUUCUUGAAAUAAUUUUCCAGGAUAUUCUAAUUCACAAACAAUAUCUGGACAGCUGUGGCUGAUUUAGGCUAAAAAUGGCCAAAGUUCUUGUGAAGUUGCCAUUAAGCUUUGUUUAAACAGCUGCUGUCUGAAGCAAAGAAAUGGGGAAAAAGGCCCUUGUUGACAACCUAACUUUAGCUGUUAUGAGAAGAUUUCAUCUGCUCUAAUAACAAAAAAUGCACACAUAUCAUUAAACUCAGUUAUGAACCCUGCCCAGAAGAAUUUUUGACUGCAAUGAUUAUUAAAAUAAAAAAAUAAUGACCCAAGUUUUAAUGACACCAUCACAGUUAUGCUAAGAUAAAUAAUACAUUUCUGACUUUUAAAGGGAUUACUAUAUUUAUUCACCUGCAGUAGACAAUGGUUAGUAUGCUUGCAAUCUAGAGAAUCAAAAAGGUUUCCUACUAGGUGGACUAAAACUAACCUGGGCUACAGAGGAGUGCGUUUUUCUUCAUCUAAAAGAUGAUUUGAAGGGGAACGCAAUGUUGUGGAUAUUUACACAGUCUCCUCCAUUAGAUGCAUCAUACAUUUAAACAAACUGAAUUUUUGUAACCCAGAACAUGGACGAUAUUUGGACGUGGAUGUUCUGGAGUUGAGAAAAUGAACUAAUACAGAAGUGACUGGAGGUAGAAUCUGUAAUAUAGCGUUCAAACUGCUCAGUUGUUUUUGAUGGCAGAAAAUUGACUUCUUUCAUGGCCACAUUCUGAGCAGCUAUUAGCUUAUCUCACCUGUCAGAAAAAUUGAUUUUCCAAAAUGAGAGUCCAAAUUUUGUGAAAUAUGUCUGUGUACUUUCUUGCCAACAAUUAAAUGAAACGAUUGUGCCCAUAAAAUACAAAGCUACAAUCAGCAGUGGGUGAGCUUAGCAAAUGUACCACGUUGUGGGAAACUGCUAGCUAGCUUGGCUAGCUUUCUAGCACCCAUUAUUAGCUUAUUUUGACAGUACAAAAACGAAAAUGUGUGCUUUCAUUAUGUGUUAUGACUUAAAACUAUUUAUUUGACACAAACUUUGACUUCCUUGAGUCACCAGAGGUGUUGGUAGAUAUGUGUUUGUAAAACCUUUCGACUGAGGCUAACUCUUUAGGUCUUCUUCAGCCUUACUGCUGUGGCUGUUACUCAAUAUUUACAGUGUAUGAAAGUAAUAUCAAUCUUUCAUACAUGUAUCGGCAAGAAACAUGCUAACUGCCAGUAAUAAAAACUAUUGUUUUAAAUCCACCUUUGAAAUAAAUUAUUAAAACUUAGUUCCAAAAUCUUACAUCCAAUUAUUUUAUUUUUUAUUAUUUUAGACACAAAAGCUUGUAUGCUUUUCUGAAAACUGUUCAAUUACAUCCAAGCAACGUUGAUGUAUGAAAUCUGCAUGCAAAAUUAAAAAAUAGUACAUUAAUAUUGAAAAGUUUGGCAUCACUUUCACCCAGCAUAAAUCAGCGAUUUUGUGUGCAAGGAUGAAAUAUAAGCCAUCAGUAUUUCUUUUAGAAACUAACAUCAUGUUAGCUUAUGAGGCAGAACUUAAACCCAUUUUGAAUUUAAUUUUAACACCCAUUUGUGUUAUGCUCCAGUGCAUGUUCAUAGGUACUUUACAGCACUAUCCCUGAUAGCUCAGUUCACCAUGGUAAUUUUUGACAUCUUGAAUGUUCCUUACUGGACUGCAUAAAUUACAUUUCCAGUAGUAUUGUGAUUGAGAUCCCAGUCUCGUCAGCUUGAUGUCUAAAUGUUAUUCAAAUAUCAUUUAAUUCUAAAAAAGAUGAACAAUGUUACCUGAGUGUUAUUUGUGCAUAAAGCAUUUUGGAAGUUACAUUUGAUCAUUUCUGUUCUCCUGUUGCUAUCCUUGAAUUGAGUUGAAAGUGGAGUUUAUAAACAGAAACAACAGUUUAUUUCCAUUGACUGAUGAUUUUUUAAAAUGUUCAACUUUGUUAUCCAAAGCAUAGAAGGAGAGUAAUGGCAGAUUGUGGCAUGAAAGUAAAUGUUAGAAUAAAAAAAUGUAGAUAUUU